GAUCAUUGUAGAACCAGAGUGCUGGGAUGGGUGUGAUUCCCAAAUCAUUAGGCCUGCCAAUGGCUAUUGGCAUGGGCCUCAGCAUGCUGAUGGUAGUGGACUUUUGUGGAGCACCUCCUGUGAAUGUGAAGAAGAACAGCACCCAGGAUGAGGCUGUGAAGCAUGACCCAAAUGAUACUUCAGGAUGGGACAAAAUGGAGUUGGAAUACCAACGAUAUCUACAAGAAGUGGUUAAUGCAUUGGAAAGUGAUGCUGACUUCCGAAAGAAGUUGGAGGAAGCCCAUGUUGAUGACAUUCGUAGUGGGAAAAUUGCAGAUCAGCUGAAUUUAGUUGGGCAUAAUGUGAGAACAAAACUGGAUGAGAUCAAACGGACAGAAAUGGAGCGGCUUCGCCACCUGGCCAUGCAAGAAUACGAACAGAAGAAUGGAAUCAAUCGAAGUUCCUUCAAGAUCCCUGUGCACUUAGAUCUGAGAAAUCCCAAACAAUUUGGUGAGGAGGAUCUGCGAAAGUUGAUCUUGCAGACAACAAAGGACUUGGAGGAAGCAGACAAGCAAAGAAAAACAGAAUUCAAGAAGUAUGAAAUGGAGAAGGAAUACAAAAGGCGUAAAGAUGUUGAGAAGCUGCCAGAGGAAAAGAAGUUGGAAUUGGAGAAAAAGCAUGAAGAAGAACUGAAGAAACACAAGGAACACCCAAAGCUUCAUCAUCCAGGGAGUAAAGCGCAAUUGGAGGAAGUUUGGCAGGAACAAGAUCACUUGGAGAAGGGGGAGUUUAACCUCAAGACAUUUUUCCAUAUGCAUGACCUGGAUGGGAAUGGUUACCUUGACCCUGAUGAGGUCAAGCUCCUGUUCUUCAAUGAGGUGAAGAAGAUGUAUGACCCAAAUGCUCCAGAAGAUGAUGUCUAUGAGCGAGAUGAAGAGCUGGAGCGGAUGCGAGAACAUGUCUUCCAUGAGACUGAUGUGAACCGUGACAGUCUUAUCAGCCUAGAUGAAUUUAUCGAGCAGAGUAGAAAAUCAGAGUUUCAAGAAGAUCCUGGUUGGGUGGGCCUUGAUGAACAGGAUGUUUACAGUGAUGAUGAGUUUCAGACAUAUCAACGUGAGAUGGAGGAAUAUUAUCGGCAACACCCUAAUGCCAUCCCUCCUCAUGGUGUUCCCUAUGAACAUGUUCCAUAUGUUGAUGAGAGGGGGCAACCAAUAGGACCAGGGCAAUACCAGAUUCCUCAUGACCAGCGACAGUUUCAACAAGAUCCACGCCAAAGAGAGUUCCAAGCUUUGCCUCCACAAGGCCAAGGACAGUACCAGAUGCCUCCACCAGGCCAAGGACAGUACCAGAUGCCUCCACAAAAUCAAGGACAGUACCAGAUGCCUCCACAAAAUCAAGGACAGUACCAGAUGCCUCCACAAAAUCAAGGACAGUACCAGAUGCCUCCACAAAAUCAAGGACAGUACCAAGUUAGAGGGCAAAAUCAGGUUCCUUCACAGGGAAAGAAGCAGCUCAAUGAAGGUGAGCCACAAGUUCACCCUCAGGGGCAACAGCAAGGAGUGCCAUCACCACCAUCUCCUCCACCUGUCAAGACACUUGAAGGUAAUCAGGUUCCUAGCCAAGAUGCAAGCCAAGGUCAGCCAUUGGUUAAAGAACCAGGAGCCUCUCAAGAGCACAAAGAGGAAUCUCAGCCGAAACAAAACAAGGUUUAA